AGCGGGAUCAUUCUUUUUCGAUGAUGCUGAUUUACGGCAUGGAUUGAUUUUCUCUUUCUCUUUCUUUCUCUCGCAGAACGAAGAUUACGCCAGAACUCUCUCGGUCGCUAAUGCUGAGUUAAGCGCCCUAACCUGCCUCAAAAGACGCUGCGCGACGUAGAUGAGAUAAUAAAUUCUGGUUAACUCUGGCGACAAAACGAAGGGACAAGAGGAAACUCCAAGAAACUGCGGGAAUAAUAAAUUGCGUUUAUUAAGAGCUCCGACUCUGAUAUCUCAUAAGAAACAUAGAUAGACGCUUCAUUUUGACGUCAAAAUAACGUCAUUUUGACAUCGUGACGUCAUUUUGACGUUUCGCAUGACGUCAGUUUGCUAACUGCGGGUAUAUUUGGCGAAUGUUCCCCGGGAAUUGAAAAUGAUUCUUCCGCAAUAGAAUGAACGAUUCCCUCUGAUUACGGCUGAUUGAAAAAAAAAGGGAGAAUUUCCACGGCAAAUUAAUAAUACGGGAAUUAAAAUGGAUAACAAGGUAGGCGAUUGCUAUGGAGAUGGAAGAGAGAAGGACGGACGAAGGUUGCGGAAAGAGCGAGAGAAGGAAAGUUAUUGAGAAGAGGAAGGGAACGAAAAGGCGAAGGAGGAUGCUGCGCCUCGGAGAAGCAAAAGAGAAAAAUAGCAUAUGGGAGAGAAUCGAUUCUGCAUCGUAAUAAGAGAGAGAGGGAAAGAUGGAGAGGUCGUGCGAGAUGAUCGGAAAGUGCGUAAAGCAAAUUGGAUAACCGAGAGAGGAUCUAAGGAUGAGGAACUAUAUAGUUGCGCCUCCGGCUUGUAACAAUGUUGCUGAUUUCGAUGAGACAGCCGGUGGUUGGUUACGUAAGUCCUGAGCUGAAGAAAGUAGGAAAAAGUAGACGAGCCAGCGCGAGUGAAAAGGAAAAAAAAACGCAAACCGGUAGCGUGAAAGAGAGGAGAUGCAGUGGGAAAGAGAUGGAGUCAUUAAUAGAGAGGAAGAGAUCGGAGCAGCGUUCAAUAAUGAAUUCAGAGUGCUGCUCCCUGGUGCACUUUCGACCGAUUCGAGUGCAGAACUCGCCGACCAAUGGGAGGCCGAGGAUCCCUUCGUCCUGAUUGGCCGAGCGCUUCAGCCUAGGUAAGCACGCAUUACGAAGCUUAGAACGCUGCUGCCCUCUACGUACUUUCAUCGUUCGCGGUCAACAGUUGUGUGAAGCCGCCUGAAGUUGACGAAGUUCGCGUUCGCGAGUUCACCGAGUUGGAUCGGGAGGAGUCCGCUGCUUUUUGGCGCGAAAAUUUCUCGGAAUUUUCGGCGUUGCCGGUCGCGUGCUACACGGCCGAUUACGCGUUUCCGGUUGUACUUCCGCCUCGUCGUAUCGAAGCUUCGCUCCGCGACGAACGAGACCCAUAAUUCUCGCGAAAAUCUCUCAUCGACAACGAAGCCGGUCGCGUCGCCAUCUUGUCUUCGGAGUCGGUCUACUGUAAUGUCGGACGUUGGCUCUUUCAAACAUUUUCUCGCCGGUCGUUCGAGUCGGAAAUGACCGGAGAAGAGCGAGAGAUACAUUCAUUAGUCGAAAUUUGACAGAUCAUUUCGCGCUCGGAAAAAAGUGCCCCGUUUUUCGCGACAUGUCAAAUUCUCGGAAACUCGGAAUUCGCUCGACGAAAGCUGAUUUUCGGAAUCUGGAUUUUAUCUACCCGAGUAUUUCGAUUGGAGACAGUUCGGGAAUCGGGAGGAUCGCGAGUGCGCUUCGUCGAAUAUUCAGUGAAAUAAAUAGAGUGAAAAAAAUAUUCGGUGAGAAAUAUAUAAAAGUGUAUAGUGAAGCGUGCAGUGAUCAUAAUUUGGGGAAUGUCGGCGACUUCAAAGUGCGUCGCAAAGAAGUCGCCCUCGUCGUUCGUCGAGGCUCUUCGAGGAGCAGCCUCGAGAAAAAGCGGCGACGUGAAAAUGGAGCGUCGGUUUCGCGCGCGAAUAAGCUCUCGCGAUUUUCGCGUUUUACCGAAACGCGUCGGAAAUAUGAUUUAAUUAAAACCCGGCGUCGCCGCUCGGCGCGACCGAAAAAAAGUACGCGCGCGAGUGCUUCUACGAGGAGGAGGCCCGGGGUGGCAUCGGGCAAUGGCGGAGCAACGAUAUGGAUAUUUUCUCCAUCAUCUCCUCGGGACAUCGACGUACAGCGAGAUCAAAUUACUGGAAGAGUCUGGAAGCUGGAAGGAGUCCGGGGCGGCAUUCGAAAUACUCUUAAAUCAAAAUAUUUUCGAACCGCUCGCGCCGGCAUUUAUUGUGUGCAUGAACCUGAAAACAGCAAGUGCGAGAGAAAUAAAAAAAAAAAAAAAAGAGAGGAGACAAACACUUGCAUCCUGACGGUGCGACGACGACUGACGCGGGCCGCCGCGACGAGAAACGAGAGCGGGCCGGCGACGGAGAGCGCCGAUUGGCUGGCGUGCGCGCGACAAGGACGGCGCGAGCAGGAAGAGGAGCGAGAAGUUAGGCGCACUUCGGGGAGUGCUCCGACCGUUCGUUCAGUCGGACGCGCGAUUACAGUCACGCGAGACGCUGCGUACGGACGGACUCCUCUCUCUCUCAUUCUCUCAUUCGCUCUUCCGUUGGGACGAACCGGGAACUUCGAGGGAGUGAUCGACGACUUUCGUAGCCACGUGCCGGUGAAAACAGCGACGUCGACGGCAGAAAAAAGAAGAACGCUUGAAGAACGGCGUGAAGUGCGCCGAUUUCGCGGGGCCGCUUCCUUCACCUUCCGCGAUCGCGAACCCACGCGAGUGUCGCGCGCGGCCCUUCACCUUCCUCGACUUCGGUCCCCGAUGAAGCGUCUCCUCCCGGUCGUUUUUCCCUCCCGCGCGAGGAAAUAAGGAAGUGUGGGUGUGGGUGCGCGUUUGUCAGGUGGUGACUUGAAGUGAGUGGCGAAAGGAGAGGCAGCUUCACGUCGCUUGGAUCCAUCCCGCGUUAUCUUCAUCAUCGUUUUCCCGGAGCAACGGAUUCGGAUGUCACGGACGUGUCGUCGACGGUGAACAGCGGCGUGUAAAGGGGAAAAAAGGGAAACAAAGGCAGAAUUGUCCGGGCGUGGCAUAAGGCGGAAGGCGAAAGAGGAGUUUCGGAGAGGUGGUUUUAGAUGUUAGAAGGAGCGGGGGUGGCUAAAGUGGCCCCGCCGCCGGGUCCCGAUGCCGGUCCCCGUGUCUCAAACGCCCACAUUGACCUCCACCCUCGUGCCCAAGGAGGAAUCGAACAUGCCUUUCAUAGACGACGAGUUGUUCUGGUAUGACAAUGACGGAAAGAUGGAUCUGACCCAGUGCCUUCAGCAGAGCAACACGGGCCAGUCGGUCGAAUUUUCCCCGAUGGAAUUGAGUGCUUUUGUCGGAACGCCGGCGGCGCCGAAUGUGCCGGCGGAGGAAGGCGCUGGUAUGUCCGGCGUCACAGGGGAAGAACUUUUCGACCCCCUGGAUUUCCUGCGGGAACUCGAGGCGGAGGCUAGCCAACCCACCUCCACCACGACUCCUUCCUCCUACAGACGACAGAGGCACAACAUCGCCGCCGCGAAUCCUUUAUUAGCGGAAAAAUUGGCAGCCCCGUCGACACAGACGUCCCCGACGUCCAUCCCUUACGCUUCGAGGGCGGAAAUCAAGACAGAAAACAUUCAGCCAGAACCGAGUAAGGUGGACACCAGGGAGGUCCAACCGCACGACACGGGCGAGAAGGAGCAACUGGGCCUCGCGAGCGUGAAAGUGGAGCCGGGAUCCACCAGCGCGACUACCACCAGCAGCACGGGAGCCCGUCUGCUCCACGGGAUCCUCUCCCAGCAUCCCCAGCAGCACGGCCUGGGGUUGCAGAACGGAUACGGCCGACACUUGGCCGGUCAUGCUCAGAUGGGCCAGCCGCCUUACACUACUGCCGCCAUCGCCACGAGUACGCCAGGAAGCGGAUCACUGCCAGCGAGCCCAGCGGACAGCGGAGUCAGCGAUGUCGAGUCCAGCACAUCCUCCGGCGGCAACGAGGACGCGAAUCUCUUAUUGAAAGCCAGGCUCAAUCCUAAUUCGUCCCUACAGCCGGGUCUGGCGUCUCAUCACUCUCAUCUGUCGUCGGCAGCCCUCGGCAGAUCGGCCUGUCACAGCCCCGGCGUUUAUCCGUCGACGGCGACCUUUCUGCCGCCCUCUUAUCAUCCGCAUCAGCAUCAUCCCUCCCAGUAUCAUCCGCAUCGGGGGAGCUCGCCGCACCAUCAGCACAGCAACCACACCAUGGGUUCGACGAUGGGGCCGCCUCACCAUCACCACCAUCACCAUCAAACGCAGAGUCUGCAGCACUUGCAUUAUCGCCAGCCACCCUCGCUAUCCGAGAGCUACAACAAUUACGUGAACAUGUAUGGCGGGGGCGGUCAAUUCGCGACCCCCUGUACCCCAAGCCCGCCACGGGGCCCCGGCGGUGUGCCCACCAGCGUGAUCCAGGCGGCCACCAGCUCGGUCUCGGACGACCUCUACCUUCUCGAGCUGGGCUUCCCGCCGCGCUCGAAGAAAAGCAAGCUGAAGAAGCCGCGGCAGGGCGAGAACGGCGGCGCCGCCGUGAAGCGGAAGUCGCGCGAGGGCUCGACCACGUAUCUCUGGGAGUUCCUGCUCAAGUUGCUGCAAGACCGGGAAUACUGUCCGCGCUACAUCAAGUGGACGAAUCGCGAGCGCGGCGUAUUCAAGCUGGUCGACAGCAAGGCGGUCUCGCGUCUCUGGGGUCUGCACAAGAACAAACCGGACAUGAAUUACGAGACGAUGGGCAGGGCUCUGCGCUACUAUUAUCAGCGCGGCAUCCUGGCGAAAGUCGACGGCCAGCGGUUGGUCUAUCAGUUUGUCGAGGUGCCGAAGGACAUUAUCGAGAUCGAUUGUACAGGCGCAUGAGACAGGGAGCCGGCCCGUCCCACGUUGGACGAGGAGAAUGAGGAUGAGGAUGAGAAGGUGGAUCCGUCGCUGCGACGAAGACGCGGCGUCUCGACGCGGACCUCGCGCGGACGUCGUCCGUCGUUACCGUCGUCGCUGCUGACGUUGCGACAUCGCGGACCCGUCGCGGGAUUCCACUCGCGCGAGAGAUCGCCGUCCAACGAUUCUUCCCGCCGAGACGCGCCGACCUGGCACACCCCUCAGACCUUGUAAAAUGCAUUCUCUCUCUCUCUAUCCCCUUCUUUCUGUCGCUGUAUCUCUCUCUUUCUUUGUUCCUUUUCCUCUGUCUGUCUCUCCCUUUCCGCUUCUCUGGUUUUUUUUUUUCAUAUGUACAUCUCUCUUUCUCUAUCUCUCUACUUCUCUCUGGCUUCGUUUGUUCCUUGUAUUAUAUCUAUGUAAAUGUAUAUUAAAGGCGCCGGAUGACGCGACGUCCUCCUCCCCACGGUCCGUUUCUUUCUUGUGUGUCCGAAUAUCGCGUAGGAGACGAGAUCGGCACCGUGUGAUUGGCGGCGCCCGAAUCGUUGAAGUUUGUACAAAAUUUUAGUUCUUAAACGUCGACGACGAGGAAACUAAAGAAAUUUUAUCUCGGGGUGUACCUUUUUUGCCGGAAGGACGCCGUGGACAAAUUACUUAAGCGUGAGGCAUCGGAGAAAAAAAUUGUACAUUCGAAAAAUAUAUAUAAAUUAUUUAUUGUA